AUGGCUAUAUCUAGUAAUGAAAACAAUUAUCAAAAAAUUCCGUCCAUAGAAUUGCCAGAUGAUUUAUUUGAAGAAAGCUUAAAUCCUUGGAGAUUUUCUCUGAUUGGGAGAUUGAAUUUACAACAACUUAAGUUUGUCGAUGCUUCUAUCAUUGUUAGACGACAAUGGAAGCUUGAAGGUGACUGUAAACUUAUUCCACUGGGAAGAGGUUUUUUCACAAUCAAAUUAGAUAACGCAACAGAUCGUCAGUAUAUCAAGGAAGGAACAUGGGAGGUUACAAAUCAAACACUUCAAAUAAGAAAUUGGAUCUCUAAUUUUCGGCCACAAAGUCAAAGAACUUCUAGAGCUAUGGUUUGGGUAAGAUUCCCAGGAGUCGGUCUUGAAUUUUGGUCUGAGAAAAUACUGUUUAAAAUUUGUAAGGAAUUUGGUAAUCCUGUGAAACUUGAUGCUGCAACAGAAAAAUAUGAGGUAGGUUAUUAUGCUAAUGUCUUGGUUGAAGUAUAUUUUGCUAAAUCUAUACCAAACAAAAUAUGGAUUGGCACAAAAUAUGGAGGUUUCUUUCAAGACAUUUCAAUUCCAGAUUGUCCAAAGUUCUGUUCAACCUGUAAAAUUUUAGGACAUUUGGUCACUGAAUGCAGAAUGGAAAAAAGCAGAAAUAAAUCCACAGGUGAAGGUCAUAAUCAUAGAACUAGCAAGACAAGUAAUACUUCUAAUCAUCAGCAAUCUCCUAAAAAUGGUAAUGCUUCUAUUCAGCAGCAAGGUCCUAAAACUCCACAUAUUCCUUUUGAUAUAUGCAAUAAUAAUGAAGAUGUUGUUAAUUGUAACAAUAAGGAGGCGGUACAAGUGAGUACUUAUAAUUUCGUUCUAAAUCCAUUAGUGGAAGAUUCAGUAGUUUCAAAUAUAACAACUUCUCAGAUUCAAACUACUCCUGUAGUAGUUCACUUGAAUAGUGGUAGAUUUAAUGCUCUCAGCCAAAUUGAGAAUAGAGAAGAAGAUGAAGUGAGUAUUGAUAAAGAAAUUAUGGCUGACAUAGAACCUCAUAAGCUUAUUCAAAUGGCAGAUGUAACUGAUCUAGAAAAGAGUGAAGUAAAGUUUGUGGAUGCUGGAUCAGGAAAGGUCACUACAGAACCAGUACAAUUUACUUCAUGGACUUCAGUGGUAAAUGCUUCUGGCACAAAGAAGACAACACCUUCAGUAAAUGCAGUAAGUAAUAACUCUCCAAAUAUUAAGAAUAUUUCCAUUGCUACUUCUUCAAAACAAGCACCAGUUAAAUACAAUUUUAGAAGAAAUGUUAAAAAAGGAGGUAAAAACCUCCAACAAAAACCAUGA